AAGUCAUAGCACCGCGAAGCAACAUCCCUUUCCUUCGAAAGUGCGAAAUGUUUUCCUCUCUGAUCACUCUACCAACUUGGAGCAUAACUGCAAGGCAUAGUUACCAAGUAACCCUGCUAAAGUUCGCCUUUGAAAUGGCUACCAACGGGUCUGAGGGCUGGCACGACGAAACACAAUCUUCACCAAGCAUCGGCACACGAUUUUCCAGCCACCAAUCCAACAUCAAUAAAGAGGAUCCCGGGAAUACUAUCAAUCAAUUGCCUCAGAAAGAUCCUACCGACGAGUGUGAGAAGAGUCUUGAGAAAUCCCUAACAAGAGUCAGCAGCAUGAGAAGCCGAGUCCAGGCCACCAUUCACCCAGAAAGCGACCUUGAACGCGGUCUCGUGGGCUGGGAUGGCCAAGAUGAUCCUCAGAAUCCCAUCAACUUCCCACGCCAACGGAAAUGGGGACUGUUAGGCUUGGUGAGCGCUAUCACCUUUGUUUCGCCGCUUGCGUCUAGCAUGUUCGCGCCGGCCGUAAGCUUCAUGGGCAAAGACUUCGGAGAGAGUUCGGAAUUAGUGCUGUCUUUCACCGUGAGCGUUUACCUUCUCGGCUAUGUUUUUGGGCCCUUAGUCCUGGCACCGAUGAGCGAGAUCUAUGGCCGUCGAAUCGUCCUCAGCGCAGCCAACUGGUUCUUCGUCGUCUGGCAGAUUGGGUGCGCACUCGCCCCAAACAUUGGUCUUCUUAUCUUCUUCCGAUUCAUGGCCGGCAUUGGGGGUUCAGGCUGUCUCACACUUGGAGCUGGCGUGAUUUCAGACUUAUUCAUUGUCGAGGAGCGCGGUCUCGCAACUGCCAUCUGGUCCCUCGGGCCGCUUCUUGGGCCAGUUGCUGGACCAAUCUGUGGAGGCUUCAUUGCUCAACAGGCCGGCUGGCGAUGGGUAUUCUGGGUCUUGUUGAUCGCGUCAGGGGUGACUUCGCUAGGGAUCGAGCUCCUCAAUAAGGAGACCUAUGCUCGAGUCCUCAUCCGCUGGAAGACAGAACGACUUGCGAAAGUACUCGGCCGCUCUGAUCUCCGAAGCUGCUACGACAAAGACGAUGCGCCUAACACCGCCACACAAAUCCUCCUCGCCGGGUUGGCCCGCCCACUCAUGAUGUUCGUCAAGUCCCCGAUUGUCGCCCUGCUCUCCGUGUACAUGGCCAUAGUCUAUGGCUUGCUCUACCUUCUGUUCACCACCAUCACCUUUGUCUUCAGUGGCCAAUACGGGUGGUCCCCUGAACUCACCGGCCUUGCGUACCUCGGCGUGGGCAUCGGCUUCUUCCUAGGCUUAGCCACAAUGGCCCUCACCUCGGACAAGAUGGUCGUCAAAUUGACUAAACGUAACAACGGCAAAUUUGAACCCGAGAUGCGGCUUCCCACCAUGAUCUUCUUCGCGUUCUUCAUCCCUAUCAGCUUUUUCUGGUAUGGAUGGUCUGCCGACAAGAAGGUCUUCUGGGUCGUACCUAUUAUCGGGAUGAUUCCGUUCAGUUUCGGGAUGAUGGGGAUCUUUUUGCCGAUUCAGACAUACCUGAUUGACUGCUACACCGGAUACGCAGCCAGUGCAGUGGCGAUCUUGACAGCUUCCAGGUCAUUGUUAGGGGCUUUGCUACCCCUUGCUGGGGGGCCGAUGUAUCAGAAAUUAGGUCUCGGCUGGGGAAACUCGUUACUGGGCUUUAUUGGGUUGGCAUGCAUUCCGAUUCCGAUCUUCUUUACCAAGUACGGAAAGUCCCUCAGGGAGAAGUAUCCCUUAGAGUUGUGAUAUGGUUGGAACAUAAAAGAGUGCUUCCAUUGCUAAAUUUCUCGAUUCCAUAGCUAUAUAUGCAAAAUGGCCAGGCAGAGGCCAGAUCGUCGUUGGA